AUGAAUCGCUGUCAGAAUGUCACCAUCAUCUCAGGUUUUCUCUUACUGUCAGUGUCUCUGUGUUGCAGCAAACUGUCCUGUAAAGAAGGCCACAGCGGCCCAACCUAUGAGUCCUUGCAGGCUGUUUUUGAUUUACAGUCCUUCAGACCAGCAGUGAACCUCAGCAAUCCCACCAUAGCCAACAUCUCCUUCACCCUGUAUGCUGUCCUGGGUGUGAACGAGAAAACCCAGAUACUCACUACUUUCCUGUGGCUGCGACUGUACUGGCAUCAUGAGUUCCUGGUCUGGGAUCCUGAUGAGUGUGAUGGCAUCACCAAGAUUUCUCUCCCUGUGAAGCAGCUCUGGUCUCCAGACAUCAUCGUGUAUGAGUUUGUGGACGAUGACGUUUCCCAAGCGUGUCCUUAUGUCUACGUGAACCACACAGGUCACAUCCGCUGGGACAGGAUGCUGCGGCUUGUCUCGGCCUGCAACCUGGAGAUCUUCAGCUUUCCUUUUGACGUGCAGAACUGCACAUUCACAUUUGGCUCCUACAUGCACACCAUAAGAGACGUGAGGGUCAGUCCAGCACUGACAUUUAUGGAAAUGUCUAAAAACUCAAAGCGCUACCUGGAAGCCAGUGGAGAGUGGGAGCUGGUGGACAUUCUGGGGGAGACCUCCAUCCUCCAGUUUGGCAUCGAUGAGUGGGACAUCAUCACCUUCUGGGUGGUCAUAAAGCGGCGGCCAGUUCUCUACGUGGUCAACCUGCUGAUCCCCAGCUCCUUCCUCAUGCUCAUCGACAUCCUGUCCUUCUACCUGCCGCCACACAGUGUCGAUCGCGCCUCCUUCAAGAUGACCCUCAUCCUGGGCUACACCGUCUUCCUGCUCAUCAUGAACGACCUGCUGCCCAGCACAGCUAACGGCACGCCCAUCAUAGGUAUUUAUUUCUCUGUGUGUCUGGCCCUCAUGGUCAUCAGUCUACUGGAGACGGUCAUCAUUACCAACGUCCUCCACCACAGCUCCAUGAAAUACCAAGAGGUUCCAAACUGGGUGAGGGUGGUUGUCCUCAAACACGUAGCCAAUCUCAUCUGCUACCGAUGGCCAGAGGACAUCCAUCCCCCUUCUGUACUACACAAGGAUAAACCUGACAGAUCAAAUGGCACUUCGGGGCCGUGGAUCAUCCAACCAACCAGCCAGACACCUUCUCAGCACCCAGCCAGCAACGGAGGUACAACUGCUCUGCCUGAACUGCAACAGAUCUGUCAGUACUUGGGUGACCUCCGUGCCCACCUCACCUCGCUGCAGAAGGAGAGCGAGCUGCAGGAACAGUGGUGCCACGUGGGAUAUGUCCUCGACUUCCUGCUCUUCCGCAUCUAUCUGCUGCUCAUCUCCUGUUACGCCCUGGUCAUCAUCUCCAUGUGGUGUGUCUGGAUCAGCCAGUUGGACAUGGACAAAAUUGAAGGCUUUCCCUACGUCUACUUAUACAACACAGGUCGUGUUUAUGAUGAUAAGCCAAUCAUUCUCAGACGUAGGCCAAUCCUGUAUGUGGUGAACCUCAUUAUGCCCAGCUGCUUCCUCGUCACACUGGACCUCUUCAGCUUCCUGCUGCCUCCCCAGAGUGUGGACCGGUCCUCCUUCAAGAUGACCCUCAUCCUGGGCUACACAGUCUUCCUGCUCAUCAUGAACGACCUGCUGCCUAACACCGGGGAGACAACACCUCUCAUUGUGUUUCCUGCAGAUGUUUUCUUCUCCCUCAGUCUCGCUCUGAUGGUGGCCAGCCUAUUGGAGACCGUGUUCAUCACUAACAUCCAGUUCAGCUCCAGCCAGUACAGUGAGGUGCCUCACUGGCUCAGUGUCCUCGUGUUGCGGUAUCUAGCUGUUGUUGUUUGUCUCCCUCCGAAGAAAAACAGCAACAGAGUCACCGUCUUCCUCAACCCAUCUUCUAAAGCAGUGAAUACCAGCACCAUCUCUUCAAGAGAUCUUCAGGGCGUCUCCGGUGACACGCAUCUGGAGAAAUUGCCUCAUGAGCCGACCCUGGAUGAACUGAGGAAGCUGAGCAGAGAUCUCACUGCCAUCCGCCUCCAAGUGGACAAACACUUCCAGGGCAGCAAAACCUCGCAGGAAUGGCACAUGAUCGGGAUAGUGAUCGAUCGCCUGCUGUUCGGCUUGUACAUCGUCUUCAUCACUGUCAGCUUCAUCGUCAUCAUUUGUAUCUGGUCAUGGAACAACUCGUAUGCAGCAUGAUUUAACCAGGGGGGUUGCCAGUAGUAAAUAUGCUAUUGCAUAUUUAAACUAUGAAUAAACAAGUCAAACUCACAAACAUACACUGGAAAACAUGCACAUGAAACUGCUCACCUGUGAUGAGCAUAAUUAUUUAAAUGUAUUUCAAAAGCUCGGUUAACAUCUUCAAAUGAAAACAGCCAUGAUCUGUAACAUAUAUAAACUCAGGUUUCAUGUG